UCUAUUUUAAAUGAUGACUUACUUGCAGUUCGCGGUUUGAUUAACCGAAAGAAGAAUUUCAAAUAUGAUCAAACACUUUAUCACUAUAUUUUAUGUUGCUGAAGCAGAUUUUACGUUAUUUGUCUAAAAUUUGUAACCCAUUCUUCGGCUUUGUUAUAUGCAUGCCAUAAAUGAAUACAACUUUUGAAUCUGUUGGGCAAUAUUUCGAAUCUUCUGUGAAAUGAUAUGUUAAAUUCCCUGACUAUGUCGAAAUCUAAGUCAGUAGCAACAAAAAUACUCAAACUGUUUUAUGUGAAGUAUUUUGUUUGAAUGCAGCCUUUGGGCUAUUUUUGCAAUUUGUGCCAGGCCACAGGCCGGCUCACUACAAGGUGUCUUCUUUGUCCAACAGCUGUCCAAAGGGGGCGGGUCCCCCCGAGCCAGCACGCCCUACCCGGACAGAUACCCUUGGCCAAUGGUGAUGCGCUCAAUGGGCAUUCCUCCUACUUGUCCAGUUUCAUCUCCUUGCUGCUUCGGGCCGAACCCUACCCACCAUCCCGUUACGCCCAGUGUAUGCAGCCGAACAACAUCAUGGGCAUUGACAACAUCUGCGAGCUGGCUGCCAGGCUACUCUUCAGCGCCGUGGAGUGGGCGAGAAACAUACCUUUCUUCCCCGACCUUCAGGUGACCGACCAGGUGGCGCUGCUCAGGUUGGUCUGGAGCGAACUGUUCGUGCUAAACGCUUCCCAGUGCUCGAUGCCCCUGCACGUGGCGCCCCUGCUCGCAGCAGCCGGGCUCCACGCGUCUCCCAUGGCGGCGGACAGAGUGGUUGCCUUCAUGGACCACAUCAGGAUCUUUCAAGAACAAGUGGAGAAGCUAAAGGCACUGCACGUGGAUGCUGCCGAGUACAGCUGCCUCAAAGCCAUUGUCCUCUUCACAACGGAUGCCUGUGGUCUUUCUGAUGUGGCCCACAUAGAGAGUCUCCAAGAGAAAUCUCAGUGCGCCCUUGAAGAAUACUGUAGGACACAAUACCCUAACCAACCUACCCGGUUUGGAAAAUUACUACUCCGCCUACCUUCUCUUCGAACUGUUAGUUCCCAGGUGAUUGAACAACUCUUCUUCGUGCGGUUAGUAGGAAAGACGCCCAUAGAGACUCUCAUCCGAGACAUGCUUCUGAGCGGGAGUUCCUUCAAUUGGCCGUAUAUGCCGCUUCAGUGACCCUUGGGUGGGGGGCAUCCCGAAUUUGUGGGUGUCUCCGACCAGAGGUUGCUCAUGUGCAUGGCGGCUGCGCUGAUGCCUCACAGCGAUCCCAAGAGGUAGCAGUUGGACCGAUGACAUUGACUAUUGAUGAUUGCAAGGAUUCCGAUUCCGACUGAGUGUCUGUUUACCGAUCCCUAGCGAUAAGUCUUGACCUGAAUUUCGUUAUAAUCGCUUAAGGGGGCUCAUACACCUUAAAACCCACAAGAUCUUCUAUUAUGUGAUUGUUGCAAGAACUGGGAUAACUUAUUUAUUUUAAAAGCAAUUACUUCGAACUUUGUACAGCUGACUACA